AUGCCCCAACCUCAAACGAAGAAGAAGCCAGAGAAGAAAGGGCCAGGAGGCAAGGGAAAGAAGGCCGAUGAACUUGAGAAGGCAGUAGCUGGUGCAGGAUGGACAACUGCUGCUACUCAGAAGUUCCUUGAAUGCCAAACAGAUGAAGAACGUUUCCAGCAGCUAUACGCAAUGUUCACACUUACAGAAGAUCAAUACAAACACGAGCCACGCAGUGCAGCUCUAAUUGAUUUCCAUCUUGCCAAUGCUUUGUUCUGUGCUGAUAGAAAUUACGAUCUUGCUCAAACUCAGUUCGUUUGCAGAACAAUGGAUAAACUAUUACACCAUGGAAUUGAAUUAUACCAAGCAAAAAUGGAUCCAGAGGCUUACAAACCAGUUAUGCAUAUUGAAGAUAUUAAAACCGAACUAUUUAAGGAAUUCAAGGCCGCCUUCUUCGAAACUCAUCAACAUGAAGAGGAUCAGUACUUAUUUAACCUCGAAGAAACAAAAGUUGUUAUUGAAUUCGUUAGCGAUGUUUUGUUGAAUCCAAUUAGGUUAAUAAUGUUCCAAUUCUGCUAUGAGCGUGCUACAAAUCCAAUUCCUGAGACAAGAAGAGUAUUUACUCCAAUCCAACCAGUUCCACUCUCAGAAUGCGAAGAAGUACUUCCUGUUAUUGACGAAAAUCUCGCAUUCAAGCCUCCUAUUGUCCCAUCAUCAGGAAUUUGCCUUGAAGAUGCUCGCGCAAUCAUUGAAAAAUACACCGAAACUGUUAUAGAUACAAUCAACCGCCGUUACGAUGCUCUUGAUGAAAUGGCUUUAAGAAUGCAACAAAAUUCUCAAGAGGAAUAA